UGUGCAGGACUUAAGCAUAUGCAUAAUCUCGAAACUCCAUAUGCACAUAACGAUGUGAAACCCGAAAAUGUCCUUCUAACGCAUGGUAAAGGACAGCCUCCGUUGGCUAUAUUGAUGGAUUUUGGGUCUCGAUUAGAGGCCCUCCAGCUGCAGGAAUGGGCGUCUGAGCAUGUUUCAGCGCCUUUUCGAGCUCCUGAAUUGUGGGAUUGUCCAAGCCAUGCAGACAUCGAUGAAAGGACUGAUGUAUGGUCUUUAGGUUGCACUUUGUAUGCUAUAAUGUAUGGUGUUUCGGCGUUCGAGUAUGCGCCAGGGGAGUCAGGAGGAAGCUUGCUGCUGGCUGUAAAAAACGCACUAAUAAAGUGGGAAACAACCACCCCGGAACCACCGUAUCCCGAAGCGCUUCAUCAGUUUGUGUCAUGGAUGCUCCAGCCUCAACCCUCGGUUCGACCCCGCAUGGAUGACAUCUAAAUUCAUGUUGACAAGUUGAUCCAAAGGUUCUCAAUGUAAACUUGUUUUGUUUUUUUUUUUAAUUACUGGUUCAUAGAUAUGUAGUGACAAUUGUUGCUGGUUUAUUGUAAAUAGAGGUGUAACACAUGUCAUAUUCCUUCAAUCAUUUUUCCCAUAGAUUUAAUAGGGGUGCAAACGAGUGGAGCGGAGCCCGAGCUUGUCAAGGCUUGAGCUCGUUUACACCCCUAGAUUUACAUUAUCCCCUAGCUAUUAGUAGAAAAAGAGUAUGGAAU